AUGGACUCGAAUGGAGAUGGGGAAGAAGAGGAGCCAGGCGCCUCCUUGCGCGAGCCGCACCACGCGCCGAAACCGCGAACGGGGCGGCGCCGGCGCCAUUUGCAUUUUUGCUGCGACUUAGCCAACUUGGCGGCCGUCACCAGGUCACCUCAGCCACCACCGGAGGAGGCUCUGGCGUGGGCGACGCUGUUCGGGGGCCCCGUGGCGGUGGUUGACGGCGGCGGGGGCGGCGGUCGCUGGGCCGCCUCCUUGCACGCCCACGCCCAAGCCCCGCUGCUCCUGUGGCGCGCUCCCAGCCUCUCCUUUGCCACCGCCAAACUUCCUGCGUGGCUGGAGAGCCAAGGCGGCUACGUGCUCACGGCGCCCACCGCUCAGCAUCUCAUCUGGUUGCUCACGAAACAAUCCCAGGACGCCAUUUCAAGCAGAGUCAGUGAGAUUCUGCUUCAUAAAAAACGUCCACUACAAUUCAGUUCUUUCGUGCCAAUACUAUUGGCUGUAACGCAAGAACCUGAAAAUAUUUUUACAACUCAAACUGCACCAAAGCCAAAGACGAGAGAUCAAAAUGAGGCAAGAAAAUUAUUUACUCAUUUAUGGAAGCGACACCAAUCUCUUCGUGGAUUUCUCGUGGUGGAGGACGAAUCAGGUUCAUGGCAAAAAUAUUAUCCAAAACACACUGUUCUAUCUGGAGAAGUGAAAGUAGAAAUCACUCAGGCAAUCUCUAGGUCAACAAAAAAAUUUUCAACCACUGAGUUUCCGAAAUUUCUAAGAGGAGCAUAUAUCAGCAUAUUCUACCCGUCGUGCUUGCUAGAUUACACUCAAAUCGAUGUACGCCCUCUGGGUAUUUCCUCCGAAAUGAUUGGACCCCAUCUGAGAUUCCUGUACGAACUUCACAGGCGUCUUCAUUUCUUCUUUGUAAGGGACCACGAUCUUCGUGUCCAGGAGAACAAAUUGUGCAAGCCCAGCAAAAACAGAAGUAUCCUCUUCGAAAACUGGCUUAUUUCGACGGCGUUCACUGAGCUCGUGCUGGGCCGCAUUCAGUUCCUGGGCAUGCCCUUGGACGUGAUGAACGACGCCCCCGGCGACAUCAUCGCCGCCUCGUUGACUGGCAACGUCGUCACCGCCGUCGUGCCCCGCGCCCGCCCGCUGCCGGCGUGGGACGUUUGUACACGCUGAUGACACACCCAACUUUCUAUCCUGAAAUAGAUACAUUGGAACAACUAGUCGACUCAGGAAUGCCCGUGAUGACCUGGAGAGUCGGGGUGAUGCAGAAACUCGCUCACCCAAACCCUGCCUUAUCCGUCAGUGCCAUAGAAAUGACAACACUAAAAAGACUGACCAAGCAGCUUCGACUGGAAGGAAACGCGAUGAGCGUCGUGCAGCGGCUAGACGGGCACGACGUGCACGCUGUGAUAGACGUCGCCACUGAUGUGAAGCAAUUGCUUUUAACGUACCCGCGACUCGGCAUACGAUACCAUAUCUUGAAACAGGGUGUUCAUGUUUUUUAUUCUGCCCUGUUUGUUCGCAGGAACUGGCCAUGGAUUGAUGCAUUUCAGAUUGAAAUAUUGCGUUUCAAGUCCGCAGGCCUUCCAAACUUCUGGCAACAGGAUUUCAAUCGUAAGAACAUAUUUAUUCAGCGGAUACUAAGCCAAAAGAAGAGAGCUUUAAAUUUUGAUUCAGAGCUCGUAGAGGAGAAAGACGUAGAGGCGUUCUCCUUGACUGUGGUGCUCCCGCAUUUGCAACUAUUAGGUGCAGGACUAAUACUCGCAAUACUUAUAUUUGUCGGUGAAAUUUGUUUCGAUAGAAGACGUCAAAAGGCAGCACAUAACCCUGUCUGCAGAAAUAUGACCAUUAAUUUCUUGAUAAAAAAGUAAGACUAUUAUGAAACAAAAUGUCUACUUUGCAAGCCUAGAUAGUCAAGGUCGCUUAGGCUCGAAGGGUCGCGGGUUCGAAGCCCGCGACUCUCGCAUGGAUAUUUAUGGAUGUUUGUAUUGUCCUUACGUGUUACUCCUACAGUUAAACCGUUCACAGUGGUCAUUAUCUGUCCAAGAUGUUAAAAAGUGAUAUAAAAAAAUCUAUAUUUGGAUAAAGAGUCAACAAAGUAGUAAAGAAUGGAGUUCAUAUAAAAAUGUAGAAAAUUUACGUACACAUUUUGUUGAUAGAAAUGUAAAAUGAAAUUUCUGCUGGAGACAUUUCAGUGGAGCUUGAAAAAUAUAAACAAAACUUGUAAAGGAUAAUAAACUUGCUCACUGAGUAUGCUUUAGGAACUAGAAAUACAUAAAAAAUUGAAUGUGGCUCCCAUGGCAGUUCAAGAAGGGUCAAGUGACCCGUGACUCCCGAAAUUUUGUUCAAAUAAUUGAUAACAUUUUGAAGGAUGGCAUUCAAAAUAUUAUAAUUUGAUAAUUUGUCCAGACGUUAAUGAUUAGCGUGUGAGACGUAUUACAUUCUGACGUCCCUUGAACUGUUAGCAAUAUUUUUAGUCAAUAAUAAUACACGACACAAUACUGUGAUUCACUCUCAAUAAUUAUCCUAGAUAUUACUUAAUGUAGUUUGCUAUCGUUUUCGUAAAUCCCUGCUUUCACAUGGUAGUAUAGGAUAUGAAUUUAAUAUCUACGCGCAUUUUGAAUGUUUCUUUUAAAUGUCCGAAACAUUCUACGUUCAGCAACAGAGCCAUAUCGAAUGCCUAGCAAGGUACGAACACAACAGAUCAUAAUAUGUUGGCUUAUUUCAAUGUUGUGUGAAACCUAUUAUUUAUCAUACAGAUAAAUGGAGGGUUAAUGUGAAAUUUCUGUUUUGGGAAACCGAGAAACCAUGCUCUACACGAUUAAUUGAGGCAGUGUGAUAUAAACUUUCAUUCGGAUCGCAGUGUGGACCUCGUAAUCUGACACGCGCGUCGCUCUGAAUCUUGGGUUUACGAAUCAAAAGCUACAACUUUGAAGGAAAUACGGUCAGGCCUGAAUGGAACGAAAUCGCAAAGUAUAUAUAAUGGAUGUAUGCAAUGGCUGUGCCUCCAUUAUCUUCUCCUAUAACUCUGUAUUCGAUUAACUGUCCAUAUUCACGUUAAGUUACGAUUCUAACGGUUGAAUAU